AUGCCCCACAAGCCCCGGAGGACAGGGCGUCAGAGCCCCCCACCUCAGGGCUCCACUCCCACCGCUGGCUCACUUCUCCGGGCCCGCACUGAGCCCCCCCAGCAGCCUGCCAAAAAGGCUACGGCCAGGAUCAGAGGGGUCACUAUAGACAACGUUUAUCUACAUCCCAACUUUGACAUCGCUAUUAACUCUUGGCGCACUCUCUGCUCCCUCCAGGUUGAUCCCGACUCCUUCAUUAUAAUGGGGGAUUUCAAUGCUCAUCACCCGGACUGGGACCCCAGCGCACGCCCCAACCCUAAGGGAGAUAUGGUCAGGGAGUGGAUCGCCGCGAGGGGGCGACAUAUCCUCAACCCGGAGGGCCCAACACACCGCGAUGGGAGGGUCAUUGACCUCGCCCUCGCCCCGGCCCGAGCCUUUGCAGAGUUCGCCUAUUGGGCCUCCGAUCACCGUGCGCUAGUUAUCUCGGUGCCUAGCCGCCUCGCUAGCCGCCUGCCCCCACCCAAACGUCUCCUCAAGACCCAUUUCGAGACGGCGGCCCAUUUACUGAAGUCUUUCCUCCCCAGCCGCGGCUAA